AUGGUAAAUAAACCGAUGCCUGCUCUGUUUAGGAAACCCUUCAGAGUGGCUGGUUUAACACUCCACAGGGGUCUACUGUUAAUGCUUGUGUUUGUAGGGCGUGUUUUAACCUGCCCCAAAAGCUGCCACUGCGCAGAGAAAAAUGGCAUGAUAGCUGUGCAUUGUGCCUCCCGUAACCUGGAAGAAAUCCCUACCGACCUGCCAGGAGAUACUGUGUCUUUGUUCUUGGACUCGAACAGAAUCACCAAAAUACCAAACAAUGCCUUCAAAGAUCUGAGCCAUCUCCAGGAGCUGGACUUGUCAAAGAACUCCAUCGAGAUCAUCGACAUCGGAGCCUUCAACGGCGUGGCCGAGGGCCUCCGCUUGCUGGACCUUUCCAACAAUCACAUCCAGAGUGCACCUAAGGAGGCCUUUUCCAAACUUAAGGCAAAAAUCCGUCUCUCUAAUAACCCAUGGCACUGUGAGUGUGUCCUGCAGGAGGCUUUGCGGGAGCUGAAGCUGGAUCCAGAGACAGUCAAUGAGAUCAGCUGCCAGACCUCUGUCCAAGAGGAAUAUGCGGGCAAGCCCUUGAUCCAGGUUCUCGACUCAGGCAUUAACUUUUGCAAUUUUCACCACAAGACCACUGAUGUGGCAAUGUUUGUCACCAUGUUUGGCUGGUUCACCAUGGUCAUCUCAUAUGUGGUGUAUUACGUGAGGCAUAACCAGGAAGAUGCCAGACGGCACCUGGAGUACUUGAAGUCUCUCCCCAGCACUCAACUUACCAAGGACUUUGAUACCAUUAGCACUGUGCUGUAG